UGUGUUUCUGAAUCAGGAUUUUACAAAAGAAAUCCAAAAAUGUAAAAUGGAACCGGCAAAAGCCGACUUCGCUUGCGAUUGUUGAUGGGAAUCGCAACCUCUGCUGUAACGUUGGUGUCGAAAUGUCUACCGGAGAUCCCAGGGUACAACAACAAAGAACCCGGCUGCCCAAAUCCUACACCGACCAGCAGCUUGCCUUUUUAAAAAGCCAUUUACCCGAAUUUGAGCGUCGGACUCAAGGAUCCAUAAGAGGAGAUGCUAAAAAAUUCGCACUUGAAAAAGCAGCAGAUUUUAUCUCUGCUUUUGGCUUACCCAAUGAGUUCAUUCAUGUGGAAGAGGCGGAACCAAGGUUCAAGGAGCAAAUCUACAACUGGUUCAAGAAUACCGUUGGGCGCACCAGGAGGAAAUUAGAGGGUCGGCCAAGGUCAAUGAAGAAGGUGUUGGAGAAAGAGGGCGCGUUGAAUAACACACUAAACAAUGCCUGGAGCACGGGUGAUAUAGCGGCAUCGACAGUAAUGCCUUACUCUCAGACUCCUGUCGAUUCUGACACUGCAAGUCCAACACAGGUCUUAGUCUCACCAAUUCAAUACGGAGGCGUACAUCGAGGACCCUUAGAUCCCAUGUCGGCACAUCGACAGUCAUCGCACAAUCAACAGUCCCCACGCCAACAUCACUCGUCUCUGGAAUUAGCAGUCAACCUUCAGAUUACAACCUCUACUCUUCGUGAUUCCUUCUCACAGGGAAUUGACGCUUCAAGUUUAGCCUCAAUGAUUCAGUCCUUUGUGAUGUUGAACCCCUCUACUACUCCUCUGACACCGGUUAUAACUUCUCUGUUCCAAGCUGUCACCGCUGAGCUGAGCUUCAGCAGGGAUCCUCGUGCUUGUCUGCGCAGAUUUCUAGAUGCGUCCACUCUUUUUCCACCCUCCAUCAUUCAUGCUGGUGUGUCUGGUCCUCUCGCCGGACCGAGAGCUUUGCAGAUGCAAAUUCGGAAGAACUCCAUCUGGUUUCCAAGUCCGUCUGCACCAUGUUUUUCUGUUUCUUCUUCUUAUUCUAUAUCGGACGAAAUGCAACGAUUGGCCAAUGAUCGACAACGUAAAAAGGAUCAUAUACAAUGGGCUCGUAUACACGCAGCAGCACUAGAGCUCGGGAUGCUAAAUAUGGAACAUUCCGGACACGCUGAUGAUAGUGGUUAUUCGUAUGCCAUGAGCAGGGCUUUCUCUGAGAUGACCGCGCGCGACGCGGUGUGGGAGGAAGACGAAGUUGAAUGGGUCGCUGGAAUUUAUGUUCUAAGAGCAGUUAUACGGACUGCAAUAGUCGUUUGAAGGAGAUUCGUGACGAGAACCGACAAACCAUGGUUGCGGAGGCCCUUAUGAGUGCUAAGGAGGAUCUUGCUCAAUUGGACGGCAUGCUGCAUAAUUAAAGCCUUUUUCUUAUGCAUCGAAUUUUCUCUUUUCUUCUAACUUUAUAGCACGAACAAGCAUACUCCUUGUGUCUGAGCAUAUAUAACUCUUGUUGUAACUUGUUGUAUUAUGAUGUAUGAUGUAGGAUAUGAUAGUAUGUACUUUCCAUGUAGCACGACGACUUUUUUUUU